AUGACCAGCGACCCUCUCCGCCCGGGCCUCCAUCCGCUGUCGCAUCUCAAAGCUGGCCCAACGACCUCCAGCUCGAAGUCGACGGCUGUGCCUUCGUCUCCAACUCUGCAGUCUUUUGCACAAACUCCGACGCGCCCGCAGCCAGUCAAACAUGCCAGUCGAGAGGAUCCAGUCAAUGCGACGAGCGACAAGGCGACGAUUGCUCUAAUUCGACGCGUCCUAUGUCCUCAAGCUGGUAACCAUGGGGGUGCCACUACUCCUCAGCCUCCGGAAGAUCUGCUGCCUCCACUUACGAGCUCGAAUGAGGUAGAUCGUCAGCUUUAUGCGCUGAUUGCCAUCAUCGUCAAGGAGUUUGUGUACACUUGGUACUCAAAGAUCACAUCGGAUCAGGUGCUCGUGAACGAACUCCUGCAGGUCAUUGCACACUGCACCCGCGCUCUUGAGCAGAGGUUGCGCGAGGCCGAUGUUGCGCAGCUGUUUCUUGAUGAGAUUCCUGCUCUCGUUGAGAGGCACAUUACAUCAUAUAGACUAGCGAAGCAACAAUCAGAACAGUCUUCGAUAUCUCCUCCGCUCCGCGAGCUUUAUCAUGCUCUGAAUCCGCAUCCAGGCCUCUCACCGAUCCCCGACCCAUCAGACGCUCAAGCUGUUGCACAGCAAAGAGAAAAUGAAUCAAUCUAUCGACAACUAUUGGUUCACGGCAUGUUAGCGGUGCUACUUCCCACGGAGGACCUGGAAAAUGCUUCUCUGCGGACUUUGCUCGGCGACAUCCUGGCAGAUCUUGUGCUGGGCAACGCAGUGGCCGGGAAAAUCAGCGAAGGAUGGUUCUUGUGGGACAGUAUCACGAAGUUGGUGGACAGAGUAGGGCGCAAUGAACAGGAGGAGGAUGCAGCGACUGCAACGAUGGGUCAGCGAUCCAGACUUCACAAGUACGGUCUUCUCUCUCAAGAAGCGUUCACGGAAGGUCAUUCGUCGUCUCAAGUCCAAGUGCCAGUUCCCGACUGGAUCUGGCAAGCGCUACAAUAUGCCUACAUGAUCUACGUGACUUUACGUUUCAUUGUGAUCGGCCUGUUUCGCGUUGCAUCCGCUCCUCCGGUUACCGCGUCCCUGACACCAUGCCCUCCAACCAGCAACGCGGACGGACCCCCCUCGUGCGCAACCUCCAAGAAGCGCCCGGUGCUGGACUACCGAUUGUAUGGCAUGGUCUCGCAAGUGAUGGAUGUGCCGCAGCGGAUGCCUUGGCUGUGUGGAAUGCUCGCACUGAUCCAGUAUCUGAUCCUGGCCGGUCCAGGUAAAUUGGGUGAUACGGAUAGUGUUCUUGAUAGCAUGUUGGACGGGAGGGCUAGUUGGCUGGCUGACUUCUGCUGCCGUCUGUCAAUGGGUCUGUCAAUUUGGGCCGUGGGCUGGCCCGGCCCUUCCGUCCCGUCCAGCUCCAGCUCUCUUUUUUUGUGCCGUGCACAACCUGGUCGAAGGGGCAGUCAAACAAUGAUCGCGGCAUCGAUCGCACAAAGAUUCAGAGGACCGCCUAUCCCUGCCCCUGGAAAUGGGCGUAGUCGAGUCCGCGACCUUGUCGUCAUCUUCACCACUGGCAGCAUCUCCAUUCGCACCAAUAACUGGCCCAAGCUCCUGUACUGCCCCCCUAGCCAAGCAGAUCCCUCUUCUAGUGCUACUGGACUUGCUCACUUUAUCGGAGUGUGGCCUCUGAGAUUCUGUCAAGUGUCAACUGUUACCUCGGGGCUAUCGCGGACCUCCCCAUGUGAUUCGACUACCAUCCGCGAUCAUGUCCUUACCCCCGCCCUUUUCCCAAACCUGCUUCUUGCGACUAGGGCCGCGCUCUUUCCUUUGAACGCCCGGCCAGCGUCCACAGCGGCAGAUGGUCGCGCCGCGGCUUCGGCGCCGCAGCUGUCCGUGCAGCCUCCAGCAUCUCCUAUAGUGAAAGGGUCUGUUAACGACGCCGCUGGCGCAAGUGACGCUUGCAGUAGCGUUUCCUCGUCUGGUGUCUCCGCGACAGCGCCCUUAUCGCCGGAUCCGCGGCCUUCCACGCCCGACGUCGCUUCUAUCAAGCGACGCUGUGCGGCCAGCAUUCUCUCCCGGCUUCCUCGCCCAAUCGCACGUCGUUUCUUCGGUGUCCCGUCUGUUCCUAUCGAGCAUAACCCGCCGUCCCGACGCCCAGGGCGACUGAGUAGCUCCGACGAGCCUGAAUCGCCCUGGCUCGACUCUCCCCAGGCGUCAUCCACGGUCUCACCCGCAGAUUGCGGCCACGAGGAGUUACUCCUACUCGCUGCCGUUGAGGAGAUUCUCGACCUCUUUGCCGAUGAUUAUUGCAACAAGCAUUUAAUAUAUUCCAUCAUAGAAGCCAUUCUCACAAAGCUCCUUCCGGAGUUGUCUGAGCGCAGCAUCGCCGAGCUAAUGGAGGACAGGGGGGUACCCCUGGCAUCUGACUUGACUCCGCCUACCCAUGCGGGCUCAUAGACGGCGUACAGUGUACGCGGUGCGCUACAUCGAGAUAUUCCCUUCCCCUAGGAUAGUAAUGUUAAUGAUACCAAUAUCGC